AGCGGGAAGAGAAAAAUUGUAUUCCAGAAGUAUAAUUUUUGCUAAUAAAAUGUCUAAAACAGCUAUUAUUCCUACUGAAACGGCUGUAAUACCUAGAGAAGAAGCAAGUCAACCUUUGUCUGCCAAUUAUGGAGAGGCAAAUAAUCAUUCGCAAGAUAAAUCUCAACAUCAAAUAACGUUUUCCGGUAAUUCGAAAAUAAGUGAUACUCAAAGUUCGCAAAUCAGUGUGUACAAGGUAGGUCUGAGCCAGCCGCAGGGCCAGUCGCAUAGAGAGCGCAUGUUGUGGCUGCAGCAGCGCCGGACAGAGGGUCUGUGGGCGUCGUGUGACAGCUGCGGCCGCUGGCGAUACUUGCCCCACAUCAUCGACCGCUAUGAAUUGCCUGAUAAAUGGUAUUGUAAGAUGAAUCCAGACAAAAAUUUGGCCAAUUGUUCUGACCCUGAAGCACCGAUACAACUACACGAUGAAGAAGAUCUGAUCCAUAGCAGAUUCUCAGCUGGGUCCAUUGUGUGGGUGAAGCUGCAGGGCUGGCCGUGGUGGCCCGCCAUGGUGGACGACUGCCCCGACACCGAGCAGUUCUACUGGCUUGACGGAUUCUCUGAUAUACCGACUCACUACCAUGUUGUUUUUUUUGAUAAAUUGGAUGUAUCGCGUGCAUGGGUCAGCGAUCAGAUAAUUGAGCCUUACACUAUUCAUAAUAAAAAUAGAAUUGAAGAUGCAAACCGAAAUAAAAAAUACGCGAAGCGUUUACGAGUAGCCGUAAGACAAGCCACGGACGCAUUUUCUUUGCCACUCGCUUCACGGUUCAGCAAAUAUAGCUUUCUGACGCGAUACAAAGGCAACAUCAUGAGCCCAACUAAAAUAUCAAAAACUGAGAUUGAGAAGUACCGCAAAAGCCUUAAGAGAAAGUUUGAUGUCGAUUUUCCUUUGAACUCUGAUAGUGAUGAUAGUUCUUUAGCUGAAGAUGAACCUACGCAUAAUAAAGGUAAAAGUAACGCCAAGGUGAUGGAGCAGAAGAAAAUAAUGAAAAAACAUGAAAUAAAACUAGAAAUUGAUGACACACUCGCGAAUAAUUCGGCUUCCUCGACUACUAUGAAUCAUGAAAGCCAAGUUGCCAAGCCAAAUACAUUAAAGGAAACUAAUUCUUUGAAGAUGCACGUUAGUACGGUUGACGACGGUUUGAAAAAUGCUUCUUUGGAUAAUGGUCAAUCAAGCAUCGAUGCAACUGUAGAAAUAAACUCGAAAGAUACUCCAGUAACUGACUCUCAGUUAGAAGUGAGAGCUGCUUCGCGUAGUAGCGACGAAUUCGAAUUUUAA